AUGUCUCUUAGACAGACGUCACUCAAAGAUUUCUUUCCAGUGGUUGCUCAUAGCGGUCAAAGUUAUGGGGCCGUUCAAGGAAAAUAUCCAGGAAAUCUCCACAAAGCCCCUGAGCCUGGUCCGCUGGUCGCUACCUCAGAUGACUUGGCCAAACAAACCGCUGAACAUGGCGCCUUCCCGUUUGGUCCGUCUGACCUAGUGAUGACGAGGACAGCCAUGUCUACUGGUAUGGACAUCAUUACAAGUGCCACACAGAACAACAAGCGCAAAGAAGAGAUGGAUGAAUCUGAGGAUGAGCCAGAAGUGAAGCGUCUCAAGGCCUCGGACUCCGUUGGUUUGGACGAUGCUAUUGAUGCUGAUGACGAGCCUGUAUACGAACCGAAUCCAAAACGCCGCAAGCUUUCUCGUCUCAACAAUCUCAACGCUGGCAGCGCCCUCAACGAUGACGAUGAAAGCUUUGCUGAUGAUGAGGGAAAUUUCACAGGUUCAGAGGAGGACGAUUCGACAGUUGUGGCAGCUGACACCAACAACACCAACGUUGACGCUGUCUUCAGCAGUGAUAGCGAUGAUGAAAGCUUUAUUGCUAGUGAGGUUGACGAGACAGAGUCAGAGGAGGGCAACUCGACCGUUGGAGAUGGUAAUGAGUCUACGCUGAGCUUCGCAUCAUCGUCAACACUCCGGCCAAGCACUCUCUCUGCUACAGUUGUGCCGUCCAUGACAGCUGCUUCUGAAACUUCCCAGCAUGCUCACGUUCCACAAAGCCUUGUCAGCAGCUUUUCGAACACACACAUCAGCACACCGCAGGUCCCCACUGCUUUAGACCCCUCUCUUCCAUGGCCUCCUUCAGACCCCAACUUGAGAGGGAAGGCGGCACGACGUCGACGUCAGCCAGCAAAUUUCACCAUCUACGAAGACGAGACGGCAACUCCACCCCAGUUCUUCGAUAAUGAUGCUACGGACCAGAUUCGGAUGCCUGCAGCAAGAAACCGCGUUCUUAAUUCUUUGGACCAAGGUCAGGAAAACCGACGACCAGUGCUUCAACCAGUAGAGGCUCGUGUUGAUAUGGCACAAUUCCUUCACGAAACUGAGGAUGGCAGUGAAGAAGAGGUGGACCAGAUGACAGCACUCGAGAUGGAGGAUCCUUUCGAAUGGUAG